AUGGGUUUGACUAACGUCAGCAUAUCUAACGAUCAAUUCCGCAUCUUGGUGGACUACUUUCAGCACGAGACGUCCAAGUCACUCUCCUGCCAUGAGGAAAUGCAACGGGAGAUAUGCUCAACGAUAGUUCCAAUGGCUAUGGCCAGUCAGCACGUCAUGGCCGCUAUGCUUUGCGUCGCGUCCAGCCACCGGCUGUCGGUGGGUCUAGAACAAACAGAAGUCAAUGUCUUCAAGCUGCACGCCGUAUCCGCAAGGCUUCUUCAAGACGCUAUUGGUUGUGCAACAAGACAAGAUGUCCUUGUUAUGGCUUUGGCUACGAGCCUCGUGCUCUGCCUUAGCAAUAUCGUAUCCUCGAGCAGCCACAGUGAAGAGUGGGGAGUCCAUCUGAAAGGAACCUCGGCUCUCAUAAAACAGCUGGACGAAUCUCGCUACAGGUUUGAAAAGUCUACUCGCGUGUUGCUCCGGUUCUAUACGUCUUUGACAGCCAUUGCUGCCGGUCGUGGUAUACCGAGUGAUGUCCCACUAUACGCAGUCCAGUCUGAUAGUGGUAUGCAAGACUACAUCGAUGACCUUGCGGGGUUUUCCACCUCUCUAAAGCCAAUCAUCGACGCUAUGCAGGCCCUUGACCGAUCGCGUGGGCAGACGGAGAUACAUCAACUGACACACGUUCCUACCAUGGGCCACACUUUCCAGUGA